AUGCAGAAUCAUGUCGGGACAAGUGGAGAGCAACGUGGCGCAGCUGGUUUAAUCGAAAGCAGCUCGAUCGACGAAAAUACAAGAACGCUGAAAGAUUUAGUGCAGCUUCUUGCUAUUAAGAUUGGAGCGGAGGAGCGAAACAACGGUUGCUUGAUUACGGCAGAAAGCUUUGCGAAGAUCAUUCCAGAGUUUGACGGAGAGUCCAUGCCGGUUAAAAAUUGGUUUGAAAAUUUUGAGAUGAAUGCGGCAGCCUACGAUCUGAACAUUAAGCAGAUGUAUGUUCAGGCUCGCGCCAAAAUGACGAACACAGCGAAGUUGUUUUUGGACUCUACGUAUGUACACCAAUACUCAGAGAUGCGUAUGCUGAUGGAGACAGAGUUCAGUCGACAAUAUGUGUGCAGCGCGGAUGUACACGAGCAGCUCCGCGACCGCAAGAAACGCAAGCAGGAAUCUUUUCACGAAUACCUACUACAGAUGAAAAAGAUCGCUUCACUUGGCAACAUUGAUGCACGUUCAGUUAUCCGCUAUGUUGUUGACGGCUUGAACAUGAGAAGUGAUUUCAGAUACUCUCUCUACAGUUGCAAGUCUUACAAAGAACUACAGGAGCAGUAUGAGGUGUUCGACCGUGUGAUCGAGAAGCCAUUUAAUCCUAACGAGGGAAAGUGGACGUCCAGCCAGAAAAAGCAGCACGAGGGACAGCACGACAGGAAGCGUCACUGCUUUAACUGCGGAUCAUUAGAUCAUCAUCGUAAGGACUGCAAGUCUGCUGUAAAAUGCUUCAGUUGCAACAAAGAGGGUCACAUGUCAAGAGAUUGCCCUGGGUCAGCUGCUGGUGUCCAAGUCGUACGCAGCUCAAGUCGCAUGAAAAAUGUCACUAUCAACAAUGUGGCAGUGGAGUGUCUGGUAGAUACGGGAGCCGAUGUAUCUAUACUGCGCAAGUAUAUCUUUAACAAGAUACCAAAUGUUACCCUGGAGAGGUGUGCGUCGAAGCUUUGUGGGCUGGGAAGGAAGAUUACGUGCACAGUUGGCUACUUUUUGGCGGAGGUUGCGGUGGACAAGGAGAUAACUAGACACAAGUUCGUCGUAGUGGAGGAUGAAGACAUCGAGUAUGAUGCGCUGCUCGGUUUUGAUUUUGUAUCGAAGUUUGACUUUUCGCUGUCGGCCGACGGAUACAAGUUUUCUUCCCCGCUGGGGGAGAAAGCUUGUGAGGAACCAAAUCAGAUGAGUAUUUACAACAUAAUAAAUUCAGAUGAUGAAAUAGAUGUUCCUCCGCAGUUCGCUAAAGAGGUGUCGCUGCUGAUCAAUAACUACAAGGCGGUGGAUUCGGUAGCCGAAGUCCCAGUGAGGCUAAGAAUCGUCCGGGAUGGUGAAAUCAUCCCAUUUCGUCAAUCCCCAAGUAGAUUUGCGAUUGCCGAAAAGCAGAUCAACGAAUGGUUAGAUGCUGGAAUCAUUCGCCCAUCUACAUCUAACUUUGCUAGCCGUCUUGUACUGGUGAACAAAAAAGAUGGCACACGGCGUAUUUGCGUCGAUUUUCGAAAGCUGAACUCGAUGGUUUUGAGAGACUUUUUUCCCGUUCCUAUAAUCGACGAAGUUCUGCAAAAGCUGCAAAAAGCACGCUUUUUUACUGUAAUGGACUUGGAGAAUGGUUUCUUCCACGUGGCCAUUGAGGAGGAUAGCAAAAAAUUCACAGCCUUCAUCACCAAAUCCGGAUUGUACGAAUUCAAUAGAACCCCGUUUGGAUUUCAGCUGUUUUUAUUCGUUACGUUAAUCACGUGUUCCAAGAGCUGA